AUGUACGGAUGGGAUCAUCUAAUCUUACCCCAGAUUAUCGCUAAUCUGCAGAAUCCCGAUUCGGCUAUAGAGCAUUGCUUCGAGAUGGUUCAACUACUAACGCCAGACAGAAGUAGAGUAGAGACAAUAUCAAUGGAUACAGUGUUGAAUCCCAACUUCGGCCUUCGAAAUCUUUUUGCCUACAACUAUGCCGGUCUCGCCUGUAUCUCGUUAGCGGUCUAUCUUCUGGCGUCGCAACCGUUCUACUUGUCAGAAGUCAUGAAUGUCAAAGCUUCCAAAAUGGGAUCUGUAAUCGGAACGCUAGGUGCUGUGGAUGAAUUGACUGCGAUUGUGGUGGCUCCGUUGAUCGGUACAUUAGUCGACUACAUAAACAAAACAGCAUGGAAUAUCAAGUAUCUACCAUCAGGACUGCGGACAGUUGCCGUGUUGUCAUUUUUGGUUCUUGCUGUAGCUUUAUUUGGGUACGGGACUGUUUCCGGCGGUGUGUUUCCUUCACUUUGGAUUUAUCGUUCUCUCUUUGCAAUGGGUGUAACCGGUGUCAUGAGUACCGUCGUAGUAUCGCUUCAUGAGGCUAGCUCUUCUGAUUUCCAGUGGUCGCAGUUAAAAUUUUGGAGACUGAAGGAGAACUCUAGUAUUCAAUUAAGCGGAGUUGACGACAUCGAAAGGGAGGCCUUGAUAGCAGGCAAUUUAGGGAAGCAGAAGGUUGGUACAUUUGCUGCGCUUCUUGGAGUCUGCACCGGCAUUGGCGCUAUUUUCUCCGUAUCCGUGUUUCUUACUCUCCCGACCCGUUUGGAUUUGUCACAUUUCCGGCCAACUUUAAAGGAAAACAUCAAAGCUGCAUAUGUUCUCAUAUCUGUGUUUUCUCUCUUGUCUGGCUGUCUCGUGUUUGCCUUUGGUUACGACUGCGUGAAGAAAAGACGUGCAGCGGGUCGUUCAUCUUCAUCUGAUGAACACUCGAAACUACCCUAUUUCGAAAUGAUGCGAAGAGGAAUUGAUAUCUCUCUCUCUAACCGCAGAAUCCAAAUAGCAUAUUUUGGAGCUUUGGUAUCUAGAGCAACAAGCGUUGCAAUUGCCGUGUUUGUACCACUCAUGGUAUUCAAAUUCUAUAAUGCAGCUGGUAAAUGUGGAUCCAAUGAACCUCAUGGUCAACCCCCAACCAAAAGCUCAUGUAGCGAGGCCUUUGUUUUUCUGGCUAUUUUAACAGGUGUUGCUCAGACUAUCGCUCUAAUUUUGACCCCUGUUUGGGGUGUCCUUGUGAACUCACCACGGGUUGGCUCAGCUUACACUCUUCUGUUGGCAUCCUUCAGCGGGUUGUGUGGCUCUUUUUGGUUGUCAGUUUCAAUUUAUUCAGACAAUUUUGAUCCUAGAAAUGUUUGGUGCUUCUGUGCUGUCAGCCUCAUUGCUUGUUCGCAAAUCGGUAUCAUAGUCUCAUCAAUGAGCAUUAUCAGCGUCUUUGGAAGAGAUGAAGUUGGAGAAGAUCCCAACUUGAUUGGAAGUGUGACCGGUCUCUACCACUUAUGCGGAGGUUUGGGAAUUCUUCUAUUGUCAAAAUUGGGCGGCUCUUUGAGCGAUAAAUCCAUAGCUUGGCCAUUCUCAAUACUUGCAUCGUUGUGCCUGAUUUUAACUCUAGUAUGCUUUGCUUAA